CUGACCACCACCAUCACUGGGCCGUCAACCACCAUCACCUCGGUCAUCGAUGUCGCGACGACUUCCACCGGCGAGUUCACGGACUCGCCUUUCACGACCGAACCGGUAACCGACACAUCAACCAUUGUUGAUAGCUCGACUGACCUCCCUCCUACCGGUACUGACUCCGUCUCAUCCACCGGAGUUGUCUCCACCACCGGCGUCCCCACCGCCACAUCCAACCCGCUCGUCGUUGGUGACUUCUCUUUCCUCGGAUGCUUCGGUUCUUCCAGCAGCUUCCCUACCUUCGACCUGGUUCAAUCCGCUGAUUCUAUGAACAUUGAGCGCUGCGCUAUCUCCUGCCCUGCCGGUAAGCGCUACCUUGCUCUCUUCGGAAGGGACUGCUUCUGCGGUGACUUCGUCGACAACACCAACGAGGUCAGAGUCGAUGACGCGCAGUGCAACAUCCCCUGCCCCGGCAACCCAGCCCAGAGUUGCGGUGGCCGCAGCUCGGCCCCGCUCCAGAAGCGCCAGCUCAUCCCGUCCGACGUCCGCUUCGACAUUUACGUUCGCAUCGACGGCGGAGGUACUGUCACCGCUACCGCCACCGCGACUGCGACUCUCACCACCACCUUCACCGUCACUUCCGGCACUGGCGUCUCCGUCGUCACCACCACCUACUGCCCUCUGUGCUCCGACUGCCAGGGUCCUUUCUGCUACAAGCCCAGACCCCCCUUCAACCCUGAGCGUCCUUGCUGGGGCGAUGACUGCUACAAGAAGCUCGUCUGCUACGGUGACUACUGUGCGUACGACUACCCCUGCUACGGAGACUCUUGCGGCCGCCGCCUCGUCUGGGGCUCCGACUGCGGCUGCUGGAAGCCCGAGGUCUGCAAGGGAGACGACUGCGGUCGCAAGGUCAUCUGCAACGGCGACUCCUGCGAGUACGCCAAGUGCAACGGCAGCUGCAACAAGGAGAAGAUCACCUGCUACGGCAACGUCUGCAAGGUCGACAAGUGCCAGGGCGACGAGUGCAACAAGAAGUACGUCUGCCAGGACGGAUCUUGCCAGCACCAGACCUGCCCCUACACCGACGUCAACAAGAAGUUCGACUGCUCCAACGGAAAGUGCGACGUUGUCAAGCCCUGCGAGACCUGCAAGCCCCAGCCUCCCUGCGUUGGUGACGCCUGCAACAUCGUCGUCCAGCCUCCCCCGGUUACCCAGACCGCCUGCACCAACGGACAGUGCACUCAGGUUGUUGUUACUCCUCCUCCCGUCACCCAGAUUCCCUACCCUACCGGCCCUGUCCCUGCUCCCGGACCCGGACCCGGCCCUGCUCCUGGCCCCGCUCCUGUUCCUACUGGCGGCUCCGGUAGCCCUGGAGGCAAUGGCGGAAACGGAGGCAACGGAGGCAAUGGUGGCAACGGUGGAAACGGAGGCAACGGUGGAAAUGGCGGCAACGGUGGCAACGGUGGCAACGGAGGCGCUGGACAGACUCCCCCGGCUGGAACCCCUCCUGGCGGUGCCCCCGCCCCUGGCGGCACUCCCGCUCCCGGCGGUGCUCCCGCUCCUGGAGGCGCCCCUGCUCCUGGCGGUGCUCCUGCUCCCGGUGGCGCUCCCGCUCCUGGUGGUGCCCCUGCUCCUGGCGGUGCCCCCGCUCCUGGCGGUGCCCCCGCUCCCGGCGGUGCCCCCGCUCCCGGCGGUGCUCCCGCUCCCGGCGGUGCUCCCGCUCCUGGCGGUGCCCCCGCUCCCGGCGGUGCUCCUGGCGGCCAGGGUGGUGCUGGCCAGCCCGGAGGCAACAACGGCGCCCCGGCUCCUGGCCCCUCCCAGGUGGUUACCGCGGGCUCCGGCAAGUCCUUUGCCAGCUUCGGAGCCCUGGCCCUCAGCGUCGCUGUCGGCUUCGCCAUCCUCGUCUGA